GUUUUCAUAAAGCCCUGAGUUGUUAAUUAAUUUGAACCAAAAUGCGAGAAAUUGUUCACAUUCAAGCAGGCCAGUGUGGAAACCAAAUUGGAGCCAAGUUCUGGGAAGUGAUCUCCGAUGAGCACGGAAUUGACCCAACAGGAACUUAUCACGGAGACUCCGAUCUGCAGCUGGAGAGAAUCAAUGUGUACUACAACGAGGCUACUGGCGGCAAAUAUGUGCCUAGAGCUAUUUUGGUCGACUUGGAACCAGGCACAAUGGACUCGGUUAGAUCGGGACCCUUCGGACAGAUCUUCAGACCUGACAAUUUUGUAUUUGGGCAAUCUGGAGCAGGAAACAAUUGGGCUAAAGGGCAUUACACCGAAGGAGCCGAGUUGGUCGAUUCAGUUUUGGACGUUGUUAGAAAAGAAGCCGAAAGCUGCGAUUGCCUUCAAGGGUUCCAAAUGACUCAUUCUCUUGGAGGCGGAACCGGAUCAGGCAUGGGAACACUAUUGAUUGCCAAAAUUCGCGAAGAGUACCCUGACAGAAUAAUGAACACCUUUUCGGUGGUACCUUCGCCUAAGGUAUCCGAUACAGUCGUAGAACCCUACAAUGCUACCUUGUCCGUCCACCAGCUGGUCGAAAAUACCGACGAAACUUACUGCAUAGACAAUGAAGCGCUGUAUGACAUCUGCUUCCGAACUUUGAAGCUCACCACUCCAACAUACGGUGACCUGAAUCAUCUGGUGUCUGCUACAAUGUCUGGAGUCACCACGUGUCUUCGAUUCCCUGGUCAGCUGAAUGCUGAUUUGAGAAAACUGGCUGUCAAUAUGAUCCCCUUCCCGCGACUACAUUUCUUCAUGCCAGGAUUUGCGCCCUUGACCUCCCGAGGGUCUCAACAAUACAGGGCUUUAACGGUUCCCGAACUGACUCAGCAGAUGUUUGAUGCUAAAAACAUGAUGGCAGCUUGUGAUCCUCGUCAUGGUAGAUAUCUCACAGUUGCAGCCAUGUUUAGAGGUCGAAUGUCAAUGAAAGAGGUUGACGAACAGAUGUUGAACGUGCAGAACAAGAACAGCAAUUAUUUCGUUGAGUGGAUCCCGAAUAAUGUCAAGACUGCGGUGUGUGACAUCCCUCCCCGAGGUCUGAAAAUGUCAGCGACUUUCAUCGGAAACAGUACCGCAAUUCAGGAGCUCUUCAAGCGAAUUAGUGAGCAAUUUACAGCUAUGUUUAGGCGAAAAGCGUUCUUGCAUUGGUACACGGGAGAAGGUAUGGAUGAGAUGGAAUUCACAGAAGCUGAAAGCAACAUGAAUGAUUUGGUCUCCGAGUACCAACAGUAUCAGGACGCUUCGGCCGAAGAGGAGGGAGAAUUUGAGGAAGGAGAUGAAAUGGAAGAAGAAGGCAUGUAGGCAUUGAAAGAGAUAUAACAAGAUUUUCAACAAAACGAACGGAAAUGUAACAA